AUGUCUUCUGCUGAAUGUAACUAUGAAAUCUAUGAUAAGAAACUCUUGGCUAUCAUACAAUGCUUAGACGAAUGGAAGUCAGAGCUUAUGAGUGUUGAAAAGUUCAAAGAUCACAAGAAUUUAAAAUAUUUCACAAUCACUUCUGAUUCUCAUUCACAAUUCAUUAUCAAUCAGAAGCAGCGAACAUUCUCACAGAUGCUUUAUUUCACCGAGAACAAGAUAUACCAUCCGAUGAUCUGGAUGACAGAUGGAAACACUGAGAGCAUCAGUUAA